GUCGUCAUACCGGACGAUCAACUACGACCGGUUUUUGGGUAGAUUUAUUUACUUAAAUAUUCUAUCUUCAUUGUUCAUUAUCAUUUCAUACAAAGCAGCAUAUUGAUCACUCUAUAACUACUUCACCCGAGUAAUGGUGAACUAAUAAAUGAGUUAUUAUCACUAGAUAAGAGACGUGAUUUUGGCAAGUUAAACUUAUAGAUAACGCUGUUUUCGUAGGUUCAAAAUGUUCAAGCUCAGUGUCAACCUCACCCGCUCAGCGUCACACUACAUAAAGCGCACAAUGUCUAGUCAGGAACAAGAUGUGCUGUUUGAAACCCUAAACAAUGCAGGAAUCAUCACUUUGAACAGGCCAAAAGCUUUGAAUUCCCUCAACACAUCCAUGGUAACAAAGUUACUACCACAGCUGCAAGAAUGGGAAAGUAAGAAGACACUGGUGAUUGUAAAAGGGGCUGGUGAUAAAGCAUUCUGCGCUGGUGGAGAUGUCAAAGCAGCCAUUGACAAAGUAGAAGGUCCAAGGUUCUUCUACACAGAGUACAAUUGCAACUACCUCAUUGGUAAAUACAAGAUCCCAUACAUAGCUAUCAUUAAUGGUAUCACUAUGGGAGGUGGUCUUGGUCUGUCUGUCCAUGGAAGGUACAGGAUAGCUACUGAGAAGACAGUUAUUGCUAUGCCUGAGACCAAGAUUGGAUUGUUCCCUGAUGUCGGAGGGUCGUACUUCCUGCCCAGGCUGCAGGUCAACUUGGGUUUAUAUUUGGGACUUACUGGUGAUAGACUAAAGGGUUGGGAUGUAGUUAAAUCAGGUAUAGCCACACACUACGUCCCAAGUAAGAGACUGUAUGAACUAGAAGUGUUACUCUCUCGGUGUACCGAUGAAGUGGAAGUUGACAACCUGCUGAACAAAUUCCAUGAGCCAUCGGAACAGUUCUCAUUAUCUGAUAAUAUCAAACAUAUCAACUACUGCUUUGCUGCUUCAACUAUUGAAGAGAUCAUUGAAAGGCUCCAGAAAGUCCAGAAUGAUUGGUCUGAGAAGACUUUGAAGACCCUCAGCCAGAUGUGCCCUGGUUCUCUAAAGAUCACGCUGCGUGCACUACAGCGCGGCGCUCAGCUGGAGCUCGGCCAGUGUCUCAAGAUGGAGUACCGCGUCGCAUGCCGCGCCACUGAGAACCACGACUUUCCCGAAGGAGUCCGCGCCCUCCUCAUAGACAAGGACAACAACCCUCAAUGGAAGCCCAAGACCCUUGCUGAAGUGACCGACGACUACGUCGAGAGCUACUUCAAGAAGCUGCCUCACGACAGAGAGCUGCAGUUUUUCGACUCCAAGCUGUAAGAUCAUCCUUUUUACGUAAGCAGUAAGGUACAGAUUCGAAAUAAGUGUUGCCGCGAUUGCUUCAUGGUGUAAGCGAAUUUAU